AUUGCGCAUGCUCGAAGCGCAGUGGAAGCCAUGUUGGAGCUACAUUGGAUUCGGGCUGGGAUUUUUUGACGCCGUAUGUUUUUCUUAAAAGAAAACCAGUUUUCGUACUUUUGUCGGGGUUCGUCAGCCGCGCGCGAUUGUAAACGAUGAACUCCAGUGUCGACCUGUCCAGGCGGAAUCCGCAGGAGGAUUUUGAGCUGAUCCAGCGGAUAGGAAGCGGCACAUACGGAGAUGUAUACAAGGCUCGUAACGUAAACACAGGGGAGCUGGCUGCUAUCAAAGUCAUCAAACUGGAACCGGGGGAGGACUUUGCUGUCGUCCAGCAGGAGAUCUUAAUGAUGAAGGAUUGUAAACACUCUAACAUCGUUGCCUAUUUUGGCAGCUAUCUCCGAAGGGAUAAAUUAUGGAUCAGCAUGGAGUAUUGUGGAGGUGGUUCUCUGCAGGAUAUAUAUCAUGUAACCGGGCCUCUGUCAGAGUCGCAGAUAGCCUACAUGUCGCGGGAAACCCUGCAGGGUUUAUACUACCUACACAGCAAAGGCAAAAUGCACAGAGAUAUUAAGGGAGCCAACAUCCUCUUGACAGACAACGGCUACGUUAAACUUGCUGAUUUUGGCGUGUCGGCCCAGAUCACAGCCACUCUUGCCAAGAGAAAGUCAUUCAUUGGAACGCCUUACUGGAUGGCUCCAGAGGUGGCAGCAGUGGAGAGGAAGGGGGGCUACAAUCAGCUGUGUGACAUCUGGGCAGUGGGCAUUACUGCAAUAGAGCUGGCAGAACUACAGCCGCCCAUGUUUGACCUGCACCCGAUGAGGGCUCUGUUCUUGAUGACAAAGAGUAACUUCCAGCCUCCGAAGUUGAAAGAUAAACUCAAGUGGACGAAUAACUUCCAUCAUUUUGUGAAACUAGCUCUUACCAAGAACCCAAAGAAGAGGCCUACGGCAGAGAAACUGCUGCAGCACCCGUUCGUCUCCCAGCCUCUCAGCAGGACGCUUGCGAUCGAGCUGCUGGACAAGUCCAACAACCCCGACCACAGCACGUACAACGACUUCGAUGACGACGAGCCUGAGCCCGAGUUUAAAUACAGAGGUCAUUUCCUCCCCAUAAGCCCCGGUGCUCGACGCGCACCCCGCUUUGCGGCCCGCAGGAAGUCUCCGGUCUCGGUUCCUCAUCGGAUCCGCUCCACCAGCAGGAGCACGAGGGAAGGAAAGACUCUGUCCGAGAUAAACUUCGGACAAGUGAAGUUUGAUCCUCUUCUGAGAAAGGAGACAGAACCUCAUCACGAGCCGUGUGAUUCUGAGCCCUAUCUGGACUGUGUUGAGGAGCUCUACUAUACCGCGAGAUCUAAUCUGGACUUGCAGCUGGAGUACGGCCACGAUUCACCAAGUUUGCUGGGAGGAAACAAAAGCCUUCUCAAGUCUGUCGAGGAGGAACUUCAGCAGAGGUGAGUCCGAGCCUUUUUCUUUUUUUCACUUCUGGUUGGACCGACGUGUUGAACUGCGAGUGUGUAUUUUUACCGCAUUCACUCAUCAGCGAAUCAUUUAACGGCAGGACUAACGGUGCCAAUCACACGCCACUAAUGCCGUCGUAAUAAUGACUUCAGUGCUGUCACGGCUCUCACGUUCCAGGUUCUGCUUCCCUUGUUUGUUUGUUUUUUUUCUUCUUCUGCGGCUUGCUUUGUGCUGCGACUGGAAAAUGCUGAAUUUCUUAGGAGCUUCCUGCAGAGAGCAUGGCUCACACACGCACACACACACACACACACAUGCAAUGAGUCACACAUUUAAAAAUGCAACCGACUUAAUUCUACCAAAACAUACUGACAAGUCCUUGGAGAAAUUCUUAUGCGCUUAAAUGAUAAUUGUUGUUGUCCAUGUGCUUUUUGAUAUUCUGAGAGAUUUUGUGAGCUGCUGGAGAAAACAGUCCCUUUGAAAUAUUAGCUUUUUUUUUUUUUUUUUUUUUCUUCCCAUUUUUAAAAAUGCAGUUUUCUAGUUUGAGGCUC